ACAGUGAAAUACUUUCAAGAGAAUGGAUCAAGUGGACAGUGAGUCUGAACUGAAGCGAAGCAGCCUCAUCAGAGAAUGGAGUGGACAGGUCCAGCCUGCUCUAGUGGCUAUGUUUGUGUUCCUCUUCUGUUUGGAAGCCUGUCUGUGGGUCAGGAACCUGCGGCUCACGAAGAGACUGCCCGGACCCUUUGCCUGGCCAGUGGUGGGCAACGCCAUGCAGCUGGGACAGAUGCCCCAUAUCACCUUUGCCAGGCUGGCCAAGAAGUAUGGGAAUGUGUACCAGAUCCGCCUGGGCUGCAGUGACAUUGUGGUCCUGAACGGAGACAAGGCCAUCCGUCAGGCUCUCAUUCAGCACAGCGCUGAGUUUGCAGGCAGACCAAACUUUGUAUCGUUCCAAGUUGUUUCAGGGGGCAAAAGUAUGACUUUCACAAAUUACAGCAAACUGUGGAAGAUGCACAGGAAAAUUGCCCAGUCAACAAUCAGAGCUUUUGCAUUGGCCAAUAGCCAAACCAAAAAAGCCUUUGAGCAACAAAUUGUGGCUGAAGCCACAGACCUAGUGGAGAUUUUCCUUAAACACAGCUCUCAGGCCCAGUAUUUCAACCCAGCUCAUGAGUUAACAGUAGCUGCAGCCAAUGUGAUUUGUGCUCUGUGCUUUGGACACCGCUAUGGACAUGACGAUCUAGAGUUUCGAGCCUUGUUACAAAGCGUAGAUCAGUUUGGACAGACUGUGGGGGCAGGCAGUUUAGUGGAUGUGAUGCCAUGGCUUCAGUCUUUUCCCAAUCCGGUCCGCAGCAUUUUCAAAAAUUUUCAACACUUAAAUGAAGAGUUCUUUAGGUUUGUUCGUGACAAGGUAGAGCAGCACAGAAAGACCUUCAACCCCGAGAUAACCCGUGACAUGAGUGAUGCAUUCAUUGGAGUUAUUGACAAGGCUCAGAGUCCUAAUGGGCUGACCACUGACCACACUAACGGGAUAGUAUCAGAUCUUAUUGGAGCAGGGCUCGACACUGUCUCCACUGCACUGCACUGGCUGCUGCUGCUCCUGGCCAAACACCCCCAUAUGCAAACUAAACUCCAAGAAGUCAUUGAUCAGGUGGUGGGGCGAAGCAGGUUACCUUCAGCGGAGGACAGAGGGCAGCUAGCCUAUGUGGAUGCCUUCAUCUAUGAGACCAUGCGCUUCACGAGCUUUGUUCCUGUCACCAUCCCCCACUCCACCACCUCAGACGUCACCAUCCAGGGCUGCUACAUCCCCAAAGAUACAGUGGUUUUCAUCAACCAGUGGUCCAUCAAUCAUGACCCUUUGAAGUGGAAAGAGCCACACAUCUUUGACCCCUCACGCUUCCUAGAUGAGAAUGGCUCCCUGGACAAAGAUAUCAUUAACAACGUUAUGAUCUUCUCUGCAGGAAAAAGGCGAUGCAUUGGGGACCAGAUCGCAAAAGUCGAGGUUUUCUUGUUUUUUGCUAUACUCCUGCAUCAGUGUAGCUUUGAAAAAUGCCCUGGUGAAGAUCUGACAAUGAACUGCACUUACGGAUUAACACUGAAGCCUUUAGAUUACAAGAUUUCAGCCAAGCUCAGGGGAGACCUACUCAAAGACUAAUAAUCUGCUUUCAGUCAUACAACAUUGCUUAAAUAAACAUUGU